AAAUAUUUUCACAAUCACCAUAAUCUAAUUACAAUUAAAUUGACCUUUAAUUAAGCCAAAAAUAAGCCAUGAAUCAAUGUAAGAUUGAAGAUCUCAAUCAUAUGGUUUUCGAGUAUCAAAACUCGCUUCCAUCCAAUUUUAACCUUAUACAAGAUGACCUACAACCUAGUAACCAAACCUCCCUUAAUUUCGACGAAUUUAACCUUCAAGCUCGGUACCUACAUAACACUAGCUCAACAUCGAAUGAGGCCGAGAAUAAGCAAGAUAAUAAUCUAAUAGACGAGAGGAAGCACCGGAGGAUGGUGUCUAACCGAGAAUCAGCUAGGCGUUCUAGGAUGCGAAAGAAGAGGCAAAUAAAUGAGCUAUGGUCACAAGUGUUACGGCUAAGGGGUGAGAACCACGAACUUGUCGAAAAGCUUAAUCAUGCAUCUGAGUCUCAUAAUCAAGUUGUUCAAGAGAAUAACCAACUUAAGGAAGAAACUUCGAAUCUUCGAAACAUGGCAACGUACAUGCAACUUGGCAACGAUGAUUUGCAUGAUGCUUUGAGAGAUUUAGAAGAUACAAUAUAACGCCUAUAACUUAUUGCAAUUGUUAUGUCGAGCCAUAUUAUUUUGAGCUUGGCAUAAAUAUAAAAUAUUUCAUGAAUAUGUAAUACGAACCUAAGUAUUACUAGUAAUUCGUAUAUGUUAGCUUAAAAAUGCAGGAGUAUAACAGUAUUAUAUUUCAUAUAUAUGACACUAGCUAUCAAUUUACAAGAAUAUUAAGUCACAAAAAUUGUUAGCUAGGCUUGUACUUCGUUUUAAUUUAAGUUAUUAACUAUUAAAAUUAAGUUCUUAACCAAGCAUGCAUAAAUAAAUUAGAAUAUAAUUUAACAAUACGUCGGCAGUCUAACUAGUGUAACAAAGUUAUAAACAUUACAUUAACAACUAUAACAAGGAAAAAUAAUCUUAAUUUUUCAAGCGGCAUAACUUCUACGAAGUAGUUCUUUUUCCAAAGCAAAAUGAAUAUACUUUAGGAUAUUUUGGCCAAAGGAUUUUCAGCUUAUAAUUUUAU